GUGAUCCGGUUCGAAGCCAACAAAAAAGCCGAGAAACGCAAACCCUAACCAACUCCAUUUGUCUUCUUCGAUCCCUCUCGUUUCCCCACCUCUUCUUCCUCUUUGAGCUUCUUCGUCUCUCCCAAUUCUCCAAUCUCUGCAUCUUUUUUGCUCGAUUUGGAAUCGUUGAAGCAAGAAGAUUAAGUUGAUUAUUUCAUAGGAAAGUGUCGGAUUUUUAGGGUUCUUUUGAUUUCCUUUGAACAUAUUCCAAAUCAAUUGUUUAGGUUCUAAAUGGGUGGGAAUCGAUUUUCCAUGUCGGACCUCACCGACGCCGGAUGCUGCGGUUGCUUCGGCUUCUUGCGGAAGCAACACAGGUCCGUAAUGCCGUUCCGGGGUUCCAGCGCUGCCUUCUCUAGCGACUACUUGCUGCCGCACAACCCCGAAGAUGUCGAUCGCAGCUUUUACAACGGGGAAAAUCCUGAUGAUGAUCCGCAUGAUAGUGAAAGCGGUUCCCAACAAUCCGUCAAACGAUCUGAAGAGAUCAUCUUGGCGAGGAUUCAGAAUGGAUUGAUAUGUAGGGACGUUCCGGUAAAGGAAACUCGGAAACUUACCAUUUCCAAGGAUGAAAACGGAAAUAAGAUGAUUAACGAAUAUGUUCGCCAGUACAAGAUUGGAUCUGGUAGCUACGGAAAAGUGGUUUUGUAUCGCAACACUAAAGACGGGAAAUUGUACGCAAUAAAGGUUUACCAUCGGUCAUACUUAUCGAGGAUACGAGUGGGAGGUUCUGAAACUGCCUUGGGUGAUGUUCUUCGGGAGAUAUCCAUUAUGAAACUGUUGGAUCACCCCAAUAUAGUUAAUCUCAUCGAGGUGAUUGAUGACCCAAACACAGAUAACAUCUACAUGGUUCUAGAAUAUGUGGAAGGCAAAUCUGUUUGUGAGGGCUGUGGUCCGCCUGGUGGUAUAGGAGAAAGUACUUCUAGAAGAUACUUGCGAGACAUAGUUGCUGGUCUCAUGUAUCUUCAUGCUCAUAAUAUUAUUCACCGAGAUAUCAAACCUGACAACCUCUUGGUAACAAGCAGUGGGAUGGUGAAAAUAUGUGAUUUCAGCGUCAGCCAGGUUUUUGAGGAUGAUAAUGAUGUACUAAGAAGAUCUCCGGGUACUCCUGUUUUCAGUGCGCCUGAGUGCUAUUUGGGAUCAACCCACCAUGGCAUAGGUGCUGAUGUAUGGGCUGUUGGUGUCACAUUAUAUUGCAUGAUUUUGGGCCAGUAUCCAUUUGUUGGUGAAAACUGGGAGGAUACUUACGAGAAGAUUGUAAAUAACCCAUUGUAUUUACCCGACGACAUCAACCCCCAAUUGAAAGACUUGUUGGAAGGGCUCCUCUGGAAGGACCCCGAGCAGCGCAUCAAGUUGCGCGCCGUCGCCGAGCAUCCCUGGGUGGUUCAAGAGGAGGGGCCGAUCCCCGAAUACGAAUGCUGGUGCAGGCGCGACAAGUCUUCUGCUGCUGCAGCAGCAGCAGCAACAACAACAUCAUCUGACCAGCAAUCACUUAGCUAAUGUAUCUGAUUAUAUGGAUAGCAUUAGGAUGUAAUUGAGAGUGGUGCUUCUUUUUUUUUUUGUUUUUCUUUUUGUGUGGAUAUGAGCUGCUUCAAUAAGUUUCUGCUGGAGGAGUUUGUGAAUUUGGUCCAGUUAACUUAUUAUGACAUAAAACAAGCUUUUGGUGACUUCAA